GAGGUAUAGGAACUCGGAAAGAGUCUACCGGGGAUAACGAAUAUCGAUUCGUCAUUCUCGUGGAUAGUCACAUAACCUACCUGUUUGGCUUGUUAGAAGAAAAAGACUUAAGAAGGCGUAUUCCUACCUUGUAUUGCCUACUCAUCAUCCAUCCUCCACAAGAACACAAAGCAAUUCCUUCAAUUAGACAGUCCUCAACUCCUCAUACAACACCAACAAAUACCAAGAUGCACUUCGUCAAGACUUCCAUUGCCCUCCUCGGAGCUCUCGCCGCCACCGCAGUUGCUCUCCCUGUUCAGGAGAACUCUAUCGUAGCCCGUGAGCCCUCCAAGCAGAAAUAUGAUACGUAUGACGCCGCCCAGGGAAUCGAGGAGCGAGACCCCUCCAAGCAAAAGUACGACACCUACGACGCUGCACAGGAGGUAGACAAGAGAGAGCCCUCUAAGCAGAAAUAUGACACUUAUGAUGCCGCUCAGGAGGUGGAGAAACGAGAACCCUCGAAGCAGAAGUAUGAUACAUACGAUGCUGCCCAAGAAGUGGAUAAGCGCGAACCCUCGAAGCAGAAGUAUGACACUUACGACGCUGCUCAAGAGGUUGAAAAGCGAGAGCCUUCUAAGCAGAAGUAUGAUACUUAUGAUGCUGCCCAAGAAGUUGACAAGAGGGAGCCAUCUAAGCAGAAAUACGACACCUACGAUGCUGCUCAGCAAGAGUAAGCAAUACGUGCAUGUACCUAAAGCAUCGUGUAGAUUAGAUCCUUGGGCGAGUUGCUGUCCCUUAAAUCGCCCUUUACACGAUACGCUUCUAGAAAGGUUAGCUAAGGUGUUUGAGGACUGAGGGGUUUGAGGGAAUAUUGAAUGGAAUGGGCCAAUGGAGGAUAGGUCCUGGGGACACUCAUUUCAAUAGUGUUUGCUAAGUAUAUGCUUGCUUGUAGAUACGAAUCAAAUACAUCAACUACCUACCUAGGUAGUCUUUGUUCUA